GGAGGGUUGGAAAACACAGGAGACGACAGCUGUGAUCUCACUACCUGAGGAAAGCCACUUCAAGGGCACUAGAGUCACACAGAGCACACAAGCCUGAACACAGAGGAAUUCCAGUGCCUCAUCGUUUUCUUUAGCAUGACUGGAUCACACAGACUCUGGCUUGAGAAAGUGUUGUAGUAAUACACAAAGAUGGCUGAGGCACACCAGGCGGUGGGCUUCCAGUUCACUGUGCACCCAGAUGGUGUUGACCUUAAACUCAGUCAAGAGGUCCUCAAAAACAUCUACCUGUCAGGACUGACAGCAUGGAAGAAGAAAGCCAUUCAGUUCAAGAAUGGUGUAUUGGUUGGAGUCUACCCUGCCAGUCCAUCCAGCUGGCUGAUAGUUGUAAUUGCCAUGAUGAGUUCCUUGUAUACCCAUACAGACCCCUCUCUAGGAAUGAUUGAUGCUAUUAAGGAUCACCUACCACACAGAGACCGUAUGCCAGUGCAGACCCAAGCAGUGCUGAGUGCCAUCUUGUUUGCCACUGCACUGUGGCUGUUUCUCAUCUACUUCUUGAGAUACACUCUCAAAGCUCUGCUCUCCUACCAUGGCUGGAUUUUUGAAACCCAUGGAAAAAUGAGCACAUCUACAAAAGUGUGGCUGAGCCUGGUGAAAAUGUUCUCUGGACGCAGACCACUACUGUACAGUUUCCAGGCGUCCUUACCCAGGCUCCCUGUGCCCAGUGUGGAAGAUACAAUUCGCAGGUACCUUGAGUCAGUUCACCCCCUGCUGGACAGUGAACAAUACAGUCAAAUGGAAAUUUUGGCCAAUGACUUUAAAGAUUCUUUAGCAACAAAGCUGCAGAGAUACUUAAUUCUAAAAUCCUGGUGGGCAACAAAUUAUGUAAGUGAUUGGUGGGAGCAAUACAUCUACCUCAGGGGCAGGGGUCCUAUCAUGGUGAACAGUAACUUCUAUGUAAUGGACCUUUUGUAUAUGACUCCAACACACCGUCAGGCCGCACGGGCAGGAAAUGUUGUCCAUGCCAUGCUACAGUACAGACGCAAACUGGAACGUGGUGAACAUGCACCGCUGAGGGCUCUAGGGAUAGUUCCUAUGUGUUCCUCUCAGAUGGAGAGGAUGUUUAACACCACCCGCAUCCCUGGCAUUGAAACAGAUAUUGUGCAGCACCUGACUGACCGUAAGCACCUGGUUGUCUUCCAUAAAGGCCGCUUCUUCCAAAUGUGGCUGUACACUGGGGGGCGACACCUCUUACCUAGUGAGCUUGAGACACAAUUUCAAAAGAUCCUCAAUGAUACAUCAGAACCCCAGCCAGGAGAACUCAAAUUAGCUGCCCUGACUGCAGGAAACAGAGUUCCAUGGGCUCAAGCUCGGAUUAAAUAUUUCAGCCGGGGAGUAAACAAAGUGUCCCUUGAUGCCAUUGAGUCAGCUGCCUUCUUCCUGACACUGGAUGACGAGCCGCAGGGUUAUGACCCAGGAAAGACCAAUUCAUUUGACAGCUAUGCAAAGUCCCUGCUGCACGGAAAAUGUUAUGACAGGUGGUUUGACAAGUCUUUCACCAUGGUCUCUUAUCCAAAUGGAAAAAUGGGAUUAAAUGUUGAACAUUCUUGGGCUGAUGCACCAAUUAUAGGACAUAUGUGGGAGUAUGUCCUUGCUACAGAUUGCUUCCAUCUUGGCUACACAGAGGAGGGGCACUGUAAAGGAGAUGUGAACAAGGGGCUGCCUCAUCCUACUCGACUUCAGUGGCAGUUUCCAAAGGAGUGUCAAGAUGUCAUCGAGACUUCCUAUCUAUCGGCAAAGCAGAUAGCUGAUGACGUGGACUUCCAUGGCUGUCUGUUUAAGGACUUUGGGAAAGGCCUGAUCAAGAAAUGCAGAACCAGUCCUGAUGCCUUUAUUCAGCUCGCCCUGCAGCUGGCACAGUUCAGGGACCAAGGGGUUUUCUGUCUGACAUACGAGUCAUCAAUGACUCGUAUGUUCAAAGACGGUCGGACUGAGACUGUACGCUCCUGCACUUCUGAGGCUGUUGCAUUUGUCAGAGCCAUGGAGGACACUGGUGCAACAAAUGUCCAGAGACUUGCCCUGUUUCGGAAGGCAGCAGAUAAGCAUCAAAACAUGUAUCGUCUGGCCAUGACUGGCUCUGGUAUCGACCGUCACCUCUUCUGUCUCUACAUAGUGUCCAAAUACCUCGGCCUUGACUCACUGUUUCUUAAGAAGGUGCUCUCGGAGCCCUGGAAGUUGUCCACUAGCCAGACUCCACAACAGCAGCUCAAUUUAGUUGACAUCAACAUGUUCCCUGAAUAUGUCAGCGCAGGUGGUGGAUUUGGCCCAGUGGCUGAUGAUGGUUAUGGUGUGUCUUAUAUCAUUAUUGGGGAAAAUCUCAUCACAUUCCACAUCUCCAGCAAGUUCUACAGCCCCGACACAGACUCGUACCGGUUUGGCCAGCACAUUCGGAAGGCCAUGCUUGAUAUCCAAGCACUUUUCAAGCCUGAAAAUGAUAAGAUAGUGGAUCAUGGAAAGAAUAUGCACCUGGUAAAUGGGAAAAAGCACAUAUGACAGACACUAUGGGAUGAUAUGCUGGGUUUGUCUCGCAUACAACUUUUAACCCAGCCUUCAACAUCUUUUUCUGUAGUGACAAGUUGCACUUGUAUUAUUUUUGGUUUCUGGUGGGUCACAUUAUAUGAGGUACUCAUUCCACUCAGUCAGACAAAAGGAAUAGCUGUUUCUCCUUUAUUUUAUUUAUAUUGUAAUUUACAGAGUUGCUUUGUUUGGUGUUAAGGGAAAAGUAUAUUUCUGCAGUAGUUUUUCCAUUCUCCUUGAAAUCUUUUGUGAAUUUAUGCCAGGCUGUAUAUUAAUCUAAUGUAAUACACCUAAUUAUGAUCUGUUUUGUCCACAUGAAACAUAUGAACAUAUCUAUCUACAGAAUUCAGUGCUGUUUUCAAAUCUAAAUCCUUAUAACUUAUGAAUUUGCUGUUCAUUUAAAGUGUUUCAUUUUUGCUUAUGCACCCAUUAUAUAUAAUUACAUCACUGGCUUCUGUGCAAUGAAUAAACACUGAAUAUACAGAUAAUUA